AGCAUAUGUAAGAGAAACACGUUCGUCGAAGCGAAAUUAUGGCUCAGUUGGAAUCUAAUUAUUAUAUUUCGGAAACGGCAAAUUUCACAGAUACACAAAAGACAAAAUGGUUAUUAGUAUCUGCGCCGAUGCCAAUAUUUUUUAUAUCCAUAGUUUAUCUUUAUAUCGUCUACAUUGCUGGUCCGCAAUUCAUGAAAAACAGACAACCAUACUCUUUGAAAACGUUUAUGCAGUGUUACAAUCUUAUUCAAAUUAUUUCAAAUGCUUGGAUAGUGUUUAAUUUCGUGACAUAUGCUAGACCAUUUACUGCUGUACGGAGAUUUUGCGGGUCACUCGAUGAACUUUGCGGCAAUUAUAGUGAAAAGAUGCUUGAAACACUAUGGUGGGUACUAAUGCUUAAAUUGUUCGAUCUCGUUGAAACUGUAGUGUUUGUUUUGAGGAAGAAAGAUCGCCAGAUCUCAUUUUUACACACAUAUCAUCAUGUUAGCACAUUUAUCUACGUUUGGUUGAUGCUUAGUUACUUCAGUCAUAGUUUUAACACGGUUUCGAUGCCGCUCAAUUGUUCUGUACAUGUUAUAAUGUAUUCCUAUUAUUUUCUGAGCACUUUUGGAUCGAAUAUGCAACGAAUACUUCUUCCAGUCAAGAAGUCUAUUACCACUUUACAAAUGACACAUAUUGCAUUCAUAAUGGUAAUUAGUAUGCAAGGUUUUAUACCCAGUUGCGGUACUAAGAUGUUGAAAGUUUACUUGAACAAUAAAGCUACGAAUACUAUCCUCAACCAACAAACACCUCGAACUAUAGUUUUACAUCGUGUAGAGAUUCAAGUGACCGGUGUGCAAGGCGCUGAAAAUGUGGUUUCACCACGUCCAUCCGUUCGACGAAUCGAGCGGCUGCAAUCACGUGGCUUUUACGCCACGGCGUCCCUCGCUGAAAAGCAAAUGAGUGGUUGUUGGCCGCAGAGACGACGAUGA